AUGGAGGCGACUGCGCUGUCCCGGAUUGGCCUCGCCGGGCUGGCGGUGAUGGGGCAGAACCUCGCCCUGAACAUCGCCGACAAGGGCUUCCCCAUCUCCGUCUACAACCGCACCGCCUCCAAGGUCGACGAGACGGUGGCCCGUGCCGCCGCGGAGGGGAAUCUGCCGCUUUCCGGCCACUACAACCCCAGGGACUUCGUCCUCUCCAUCGCUAGGCCCCGCUCCGUCGUCAUCCUUGUCAAGGCCGGCGUCGCCGUCGACCACACCAUCGCCGCCCUCUGCGAGCACCUCCAGCCCGGGGAUGCCAUCAUCGACGGUGGCAACGAGUGGUACCAGAACACCGAGCGCCGCCAGCGGGAGGCGGAGGCGAAGGGGCUGCUGUACCUCGGCAUGGGCGUCUCCGGCGGCGAGGAGGGUGCCCGGCGGGGCCCGUCGCUCAUGCCGGGGGGCUCGCGCCAGGCAUAUCUCAACGUGGAGGACCUCCUCUCGAAGGUCGCCGCGCAGGUGGACGACGGGCCCUGUGUCACCUUCGUCGGCCCCGGCGGCGCCGGCAACUUCGUGAAGAUGGUGCACAAUGGGAUCGAGUACGGCGACAUGCAGCUCAUCUCCGAGGCCUACGACGUGCUGAAGACGGUGGGGGGGCUCUCCAACUCGGAGCUCGCCGCCACCUUCGCCGACUGGAACCGCGGCGAGCUGGAGAGCUUCCUCGUGGAGAUCACCGCCGACAUCUUCAGGGUCAGGGACGAGGGCGGCGAGGGCGAGCUUGUGGACAGGAUCCUCGACAAGACGGGGAUGAAGGGCACCGGCAAGUGGACCGUCCAGCAGGCGGCGGAGCUUUCCGUCGCCGCCCCCACCAUCGCCGCCUCCCUCGACGCCCGCUACCUCAGCGGCCUGAAACACGAGAGGGAGGAGGCGGCGAGGAUUCUCGCCCAGGCGAGCGUCUCCGGCGAGGGCCCGCCGCCGGCCGCCGGGAGAAUCGACAAGCGCCGGUUGGUGGACGACGUGCGGCAGGCGCUCUACGCGUCGAAGAUCUGCAGCUACGCGCAGGGGAUGAACCUGCUGAGGGCGAAGAGUGAGGAGAAGGCGUGGGGGCUGGAGCUGGGGGAGCUCUCCAGGAUCUGGAAGGGCGGCUGCAUCAUCAGGGCGAGGUUCCUGGACAGGAUCAAGGCAGCGUACAAUCGGAACCGGGGCCUAGCCAACCUGGUCGUCGACCCGGAGUUCGCCAGGGAGAUGGUGCACCGCCAGGCGGCAUGGAGGAGGGUGAUGGGUCUGGCCAUCGCCGCCGGGGUCAGCACGCCGGGGAUGUGUGCCAGCUUGGCCUACUUCGACACUUACCGACGGGCGAGGCUGCCGGCGAACCUCGUGCAGGCGCAGAGGGACCUCUUUGGCGCUCACACUUACGAGCGCAUCGACCGCCCGGGUGAUUUCCACACCGAGUGGACGAAGCUGGCCCGUGCCGGCGCUGGAGAAGAAGCAGCAGCAGCCCUCAUCUGA